UGUUGAUAUAAAAGAAGCGCUCAUUAAUUAUGUGUGCAGGGAUGCCUGGGAUGACAGCUUAUGCUGGUUUUCAUGAGGUUUGCUCCCCCAAGAAGGGGGAAACUGUCUUUGUUUCAGCUGCAUCUGGAGCAGUUGGUCAGCUCGUUGGGCAAUUUGCAAAGAUGCUGGGUUGCUACGUUGUUGGUAGUGCUGGAAGCAAAGAAAAGGUUGAUCUGUUGAAGAGCAAAUUUGGGUUUGACGAAGCUUUUAACUAUAAAGAGGAGCAGGAUUUAAGUGCAGCUUUGAAGAGGUGAGUAAUCUUACUUCCUGCUAGAAAACAAUCUACCUAUUGUACAAACAUGGCCUGGUGUUAGAGAAGCAGUUAGCAACAGCUUUUCCUGUUCACGUAAAAGGAUUCAUCGAUAUUUACAUAGAAUGAUAUUUAUUCCUUGAACUGAAAACUGGGAUCCACUGCUAACUGGCUAGAUCUGGAAGUCCCAAAGUAAAGAUGUUCAGUGAAA